AACUUAAAGGUCACCUUCAGUCGCCCAAACGUUGUGCGAGUGUUGUCUUUGACGGUUCGAGAGGUAGCAGCUAGAGUGCUGCAUUUUGUCAGACAGAGAGCGAGAGAGAAAGAAAAAGAAAAAGACAGAGAGAGAGAGCGAAGAGCACGUUUUAUCGUUGCUUCCUUCGCUCGUUGAGCGUAAAUUUCUUCUUUAAAAAAAUUGUCAAUUUUGCGGCACAAUCAUGGCGGAAGAUUUAUUACAACAAACCAAAUUUAUAAAACCAGGUAGUCAUAAAGGUAAAGGUCUAGCUGUCUUUACCAGUGGUGGUGAUUCGCAAGGUAUGAAUGCUGCAGUAAGGGCAGUUGUAAGAAUGGGUAUAUAUUUGGGUUGCAAAGUUUUCUUUAUCAAAGAAGGUUAUCAAGGUAUGGUUGAUGGUGGAAGUAAUAUAGUAGAAGCAACUUGGUCAUCCGUAUCAUGUAUUAUUCAUAGGGGUGGUACAAUGAUAGGAUCUGCUAGAUGUAAAGAAUUCAGAGAACGUGCUGGUCGUUUAAAAGCAGCUAAAAAUUUAGUAACAAAUGGAAUAUCCAAUUUAGUUGUUAUUGGAGGUGAUGGUUCUCUAACUGGUGCAAAUCUUUUCAAAGAAGAAUGGGCUGACCUUUUGAAAGAACUUGCAGCAACUGGUGAAAUAACGCCUGAACAAAGUGAAAAGUACAAAUGCUUACAUAUUGUUGGUAUGGUGGGUUCCAUUGAUAAUGAUUUCUGUGGAACUGAUAUGACUAUUGGAACAGAUUCUGCAUUACAUCGUAUUAUAGAAAGUAUUGAUGCUAUUGUUAGCACAGCUUAUUCUCAUCAACGUACAUUUAUAAUGGAGGUUAUGGGCAGACAUUGUGGGUAUCUGGCCAUUGUGGGUGCUCUAGCUGCAGAGGCAGACUAUGUUUUCUUCCCAGAAUGUCCACCUCCCAUCGACUGGCCUGAAAAAUUAUGUAAAAAAUUGGAACAGGAACGUCUUACUGGGCAACGAUUGAAUAUUAUUAUUGUAGCUGAAGGCGCUGUAGAUAGGAAUGGUGAUCCUAUUACUGCUGCAAAAGUACAUAAAGUUGUUGUUGAUAAAUUACAACAAGAUACCAGGAUCACUGUGUUGGGUCAUGUCCAAAGAGGUGGUAAUCCAUCUGCUUUUGAUAGAGUGUUGGGAUGCCGAAUGGGUGCUGAAGCUGUAAUGGCAUUAAUGGAAGCAACGCCUGAAACAGAAGCUUGCGUUGUUACAUUGGAUGGAAAUCAAGCUGUUAGGUUGCCACUAAUGGAAUGUGUACGUCGUACCAAGGCUGUAGCUAAAGCUAUGGCGGAUAAAAAUUGGGAUCUUGCAGUUCAACUUCGGGGAAAAGGUUUCGCUCGUAACUUGGAAACGUACAAAAUGUUGACUCGAUUGAAAGCACCUGCAGAUUAUGAUGCAAAGGAAAUGAAUGGUCCUACAUUAACAAAGGAUCAUCAUACGGUAGCUGUAAUGCAUAUUGGUUCACCUUCUUGUGGUAUGAAUGCUGCAGUGCGUUCUUUUGUACGAAACUGCAUCUAUAGAGGUGAUAAGGUCUAUGGAGUCUGUGAUGGUAUAUUGGGUCUUAUAUCUGGAAAGUUUAAAUUAAUGGAUUGGCCCUCUGUAACAGGAUGGGUAGCACAAGGUGGUGCUUACUUAGGAACAAAACGUACUCCUCCAAGAGAUGAUCAAUUACCUCAAAUAGCUCAAAAAUUAAAAGAAUUUGGAAUCCAGGCUUUGCUUAUUAUAGGUGGAUUCGAGGGUUAUCAAACAGGACUUACAUUCUAUAAUGCAAGAGACAAAUUUGAAGAAUUUAGAAUUCCUAUUGCUAUGAUACCUGCUACUAUUAGUAAUAAUGUUCCUGGGACAGAAUUUUCUUUAGGUUGCGAUACUGCCUUAAACGAAAUUACUGAGAUUUGUGAUCGCAUUCGUCAAUCAGCACAAGGUACUAAACGUCGCGUAUUUAUCAUAGAGACAAUGGGUGGUUAUUGCGGUUAUUUAGCGACUGUAGCAGGAUUAGCCGGUGGUGCUGAUGCAGCUUAUAUCUUCGAGGAAAAAUUCAAUAUUAGGGAUUUAAAUCAAGAUGUAAUAGCUAUGGCUGCAAAAAUGUCAGAAGGUGUGCAGAGAGGACUUAUUCUUAGAAAUGAAAAUGCUAAUUUAAAUUAUAAUACUGACUUCAUGCAGAGACUAUUUAGUGAAGAAGGAAAAGGAUUGUUCAGUUGUAGGAUGAAUAUAAUCGGACAUAUGCAACAAGGUGGAUCACCGACUCCUUUUGAUCGUAACUUGGGUACUAAAAUGGGUUCUAAAGCUGUUGAAUGGUUUAGCGAGCAAUUUAAAAAAUAUACUAAUGCGGAAGGACGUCCAGUUACAACGGAUCCAACUAGUGCAGUAAUGUUAGGUAUCGUUAGAAGACAAUAUAGGUUCACACCUUUCACAGAACUCAUGGAAGUUACUGAUUUCGAGCAUCGCAUUCCGACGUAUCAAUGGUGGAUGAAGCUACGACCAUUGCUGAAAGUUUUAGCGAAGCACGAAUCGACAUACGAAGAAGAAGGUCUAUAUAUAACUGUAGAAGAAAUGGAUCUUGGCAAUGAUGCGCCUCUUGUGUAAUUCAUAUACAUCAAUACCUCGUACCUAACUGAAGGUAAUGUGUCUAUGAUGUACACAUUGAUUGUGUGCAAAAUAAGUUUUAAUAAAUAUGUGCAGUAUUGUGUUAUAUUAGAAUAUUCGCGUUUGAUUGCUUAAAAUGAAAAAUAAAAAGGAAUAGAAUUUUAGAUAAUACUUUUUAAUAAAUAAGAAAUUUACAAAAUUCAAUCCUAAACGUAUUAUCAUUACACAAACGUUAUACAAAAGAAAAAAAAACUUAUAAUACUAAUGCACUUCUCUGUGUAGUUAUAUAUUGGUAAGCCGAAAACGUAACAAAGAAGAAAGAAAAAACCUGAAAAUGUGAAUACUUAAAAUAAACUGCAUAUUGUAAAAAGACACGAGUGGUAAAUAGGUAACUUUAUUUUGUUUUUUGCGUUAUCAUCUUUACACCUUAAGCAUAUAUUAACUCAGGUAACAAAUAGGUACAAAGGCAAUACCUAGAAACAGAAAAUUUAAAUUACUUUAUCAAAUUAAUAAUGAUAUUAAUUAAUGAUAUCUCUCUCUGUUACUCGUGAUUACUUAAUAAUACAAGAGUGACAAGGUAAUAUCAUUGCGAUAUAUUGGGUAUAUGUAAAAUUAGCUGUGUGUGUAUAUUUACAAGUAAUAAUGCACAUUAUUACAUAUCUAAAAUGCUUAUCUAAAUUAUAUCACUUUUUCUUUAAUAUUAUUUGCGAGAAGCAUUAUUUAUAUAUCUAUAUACGUAUGGUGGAAACAGAAAAUUAAAAUUGUGUGGCACUAAAGAAAAUUUAAGUUAUCGUAAAAUUUUUAACAUAAAUUAAGAAAAAUGUGUAUGUAUUUUGAAAAUAGCGUUUAAAAAUAUCGCAGUUUCAAGAGUUUGAUAUGCGGCUCCGAUUCUCAUAGUGUAAUAUUUUUAUAUAUCUAAUGUUGGACCACUUUUUGGUCAGAUAAAGGAUAUAUUAUAAGAGAUAUAUCUAAGAAAUAUAAUAUGUAUACUAAUUAUUACACUGGCAUUAAUAUUUUUAUUUUCUUAUUAAUAUUUGUCCCAAAUAAACGUAUCUAUAUAUAUAUACAUAUAUUGAUAAAGCAAUCAUUCUGGUAUAUUUACAAUCAAUAGUAAUGCAAUGUUUAUGAACAUAUAAGAUAUUUUUAUUUAUAUGAAUGAAUGAAUUAAUGACCUUGAUAUUUUAAUUUAUUUGAGUAUUAUAAAAUAUUACAAUUUGUUUAUGAGUCUUCGAUAUAUUUCAUAUUUUAAUAAAUUACCAAUGGUAAAGCUCAAAAAUCGUAUAUUUAGUAUUUCAUCGAUAUAACAUGUACAACAUGAGUCGAGAAGUAUAUCAGAUUUAGUCUUACUCAACACAAGAUAAAAUGCUAAACUGUGUUUGUGGUUUAUUAAGAAUGUAGAAAUAAGAAAAAUGUUUUGUGCCAAUUUAUGUUGAUAAAUAAAGUUUUACUUUCAGUUUAGCAUUAUUAAAAGCUAUCAAAAGCUAUUUGGAGAAUAUACUUGUCUACCUCAAAACAUAAUUUGCAAUUAAGAAUGACUAUUGGGAAUGAAUUGACCCUGAGUCACACUGAUUGCAUAUAUCAUUAAAACAUUUUGCUAAAAUUUAAGAUUUUGCGAUCAUGAAAGUAUUUAGAUUCUUUUUUCCUAUUAUACUUAUACAUAUACUUGCAAAUGAAUUUGGCAAGUGUGUUGUGAACUCAUAUUUAAUUUUAAAACAUAAUGUAGUCUUCUUCGUGUCUUGUCAAAUUAUGAAAUCGUGUAUUAACAUUACAAUACUACUAAAAGUAAUGUUGUUUCUGAUUUCACUCGUGUUUCUAAAUUCGUCUAAAAAUAUUAAAUAUUGUUAAAUCUAUGUAAUAAUAUAAUGUGUGUAAUUGUGAAAUGUUAACGAAAUGGGAAAUGUUCAGGACAGUAUAUUGCAAGAACUCAUUAAAUGUUAUUAAUAUAAAAAAAUUUACUAAGAUUCCAAAGAUAUUUCAAGAUAGAAUUUAUAUUUUCAAAGUUAUUUUUCUGAUACACAUUACAAAUAAUGCAUGUUAAAUCAUAUUUCAAGUGCAACAGCAUGAGUGUUAUUGAGCACUAUAAUAUUUACAAAAAUAGUGUACAAAUAAAAAAAAAAUAUAUAUAUAUAUAAAUAUAUAUAUAUAUAUAUAUAUAUAUAUAUAUAUAUAUAUAUAUAUAAAAUGUUACAUCAAGUUACUAAUUUAAAAUCGUUAAUAAGUAGUUAAAUUAUUUAGAAAAAUAUAAAAGACAAUAGUUCUUGUUGAAAGAUACUGAAAUAAUGUAAUAUAUAGAGAUAUAACUAAUUGUCCAAACACUAAUAGAAUCACACUUUAUGUUAUAAAUGUAUUUCUUUUUAUCAUUAAAUGAAUAUGAUGCUUUUCUUAGACAUUAAGUUGUCGCUCUCAAAAUAUUAAUGAAUAUAACAAUAUUGUUUUGCUUGUAAUAUAGAAAAUGCUUUAGAAUUUGCUAUCUACAUUAUACCAUUUCGACUUGAAUGUAAAUUAUAACUAUUUUACAAUACAUAUAUACAUCAUGCAAUAUACAUACAAAUGUACAAAUAUCUUUACAUAAUAUCAAAAUGUUAAUUACCACCACUAGAUCAAUAAGUAUCCGUUGUUACGUUUAAUAUUCUGGAGAUAUAUUUUUGAAUCAUUGUUGAUUAAUGUGUGUAUAUCUUCAAUGCGCUAAGAAAUAGUAUCACCAUAAUUUAAUUUAUUUUCAAACGAAACUUUUAAUAUACACGUUCCUCUUAAAGAUGCAAAUUGAGUAUUUUUUAUUCAGCAUAAUUGAACUUUCUAAAACUUAAUGAUAACGAUGAUAGACCUAAUGUAAAGAAAUGCAAGCGUAUGUAUUAAAUUAUUCAAAGUAUUGUACCUUUGUCAUUAAUAAAUUGUAUCUUGUAAA